AUGGAGUCAAGAGAUAUUUCAUAUUAUAACUCGUCUUCCAAAACUUACAAUACACCGGUGAACUGCACGUCAGUUAGCCCAAACAGUCAGUUACCUCAUUUCGAUCCUUUUAAACCCGCGGAAUAUGUCUUGAACAACUUAGGACCUGUACCAGGAGAAGAAAAGAUUUAUGCAAAAUUGUUUAAACAAAAUGUUCAGAAUACUGGUGGUGCGAGUUCAUCAGUAGGCAAUUCUAAAUCAGUUGAGGUUAAUUCAGUUAUAGUUGUAUCAGACGAAGAUGAUAAACCGAAAGAUGGAGAUCACGUUGGAGAUAAAGACAAACUGUUCCGUCUUUAUUCUCACAAGCUUCAUAUACGAAAGCCACGCGUGCCUUACGCCAGAAUUAGCUUUGAUGAUUCCGGUAUUUUUUCAGAUUCAGAUGAAUUUGCUUAA